AUGGCAAAGACAUCAAGCAUGUAUUUUGCCCUGACCAGCCCCCCAAGGUCUGAGAGCGAGAGCGUGACGAACCACUGCGAACAGCAGCCACCUACUCCAGUUACCACUCCAGAGCUGCGUGGAGAGCCUGAGAGUCCAUACGACAAACUGUCUCAAGUUUCGGUUUCUCACAGACGUGUCGACUCAUUCGAAUGGGUAAUGACACAAUCGGCGCCAAACACUCCACCCACGUUAGGCGUGUCGAGCUACGAGCCAUUUUCGCCUCCCCCAGCAAUGCUGAUCAGUUCGGCUCCGUUACCAGUUCCCAAUGAGCGCUGGUCAACUAUUCUCAGGCAUGGCGAGGCGAGAGAGAAACGAGGCUAUUUUGACUGGUGGUCAUCGCCAAGUCUCGAGAACGAUAAAGGUUAUGUCAGGAUCUCAGAAGAUGAUGGACUGGGUGAGCAUGACCAGCCAGUCCUCAUGACCACCAGUCAGAAGACAUCUGUAGGGCCAUCGCGGGCGCUCAUACCUCAGUUACACGCAAGUCCAACAUCGUACAUGGGGGUUGAGAAACAUCUCCCAGCUACAGAGGACAAUCAGCAUCGUCCUCCGGAGGAGCUCAAUGCACUCGGGAUCGUGUUCCCAUGUAAUUCUCCGCCCAGCCCGCCGGUUCCAGCGCCCACAAAGUUGUCCCAGCCCGAAGCCUCGCCUGAUGACAACCCCAGCCGACGGACACCACUCUUGCCAAAGAAGGUAUCGUUUUCACCUAUCAUUGACGAGGUAGUCUUCGAGUCGUCCUCAAACUCGAAGUCACUGGUACAGCAACCGUUGUCAUGGGGUACCUACCUGCCUUCGUCCUUCCUUGUGGCACGCCCUCCCCUAGCUCGCACGACUUCAUCUCCAGCUUCUAGAGCGAAGACGGCUACUCGGCCAAUAUUGAGGCGCUCAACGUCGCUGAACCAUGAUUUCCAUCAAGACCGGAGCUCGAGCUGUAUAACCGAUAAGAGUACUGAGAUGACGUGGCUCCCGCCACCCGGACAAGGCGGUAAGCGCACAGCCUGCGAAACGUCAGCGCCUUCGUCAAUGCCAGCCCAGAGGCUAUCAGCAGGGGCUAUGCACACUGGUGACAGUUGUGCGGAAACUAACAAGAGUACUGAGAUGACGUGGCUCCAGCCACCCGGACAAGGCGGUAGGCGCACAGCCUGCGAAACGUCAGCGCCUUUGUCAAUGCCAGCCCAGAGGCUAUCAGCAGGGGCUAUGCACACUGGUGACAGUCGUGCGGAAACCGAUCGAGCGUUUGCCGUGCUUUUGGUUGCUGCGCAAAUGCCAGCAAGACGACGGUAA